CUGAGCCGCGCCCCGGGGCCGCCGUGCUGGAGCUGCGGAGCUCCGCUCCCCAGCGGCGAUGGGCCGCUCCACUUCUGCCCCGGCUGCCAGGCUCUGCAGCCGCCGGCGCCGCGGCCUGACCUCUUCCGCCUGAUGGACUGCGACCGCUCCUUCCGCAUCGACCCGGGGCAGCUGCAGCGGCGGUUCCGGAGCCUGCAGCGCGCCGUGCACCCCGACCGCUUCGGCAAGAGGCCGCCGCUGGAGCUGAGUGGAGUGGAGCCAGCAAAAGAGACAGACUGUGAUACAGACUCAGCAUUCCUUACGGAAGUCAUGGAAAUUAAUGAGAAACUAGCAGAGUCCAAAAACAAGGAUAACCUUGAAGAAAUUGAAACUUCAAUUAAAGUUAAGCAAGAAGAACUGACCAGAGAGGUGACUGCAGCUUUUGAAAAAGAUGAUCUUCAAGAAGCCAAGAAGCUGCUAGCAAAAAUGAAGUAUUUUGCAAACAUAGAGGAUAAACUAAAGGCCAAGAAGAUCCCUUCCUGAUGUUGCCUUCUUAGCUAUUAAGAGUUAGUAUUAUUUUCAAUUAAACAAAUGGUUUUGUUACCAAAA